AUGUCCACUUCAACGACAUCAGGCGAACCUCCAAAACCUACAGGACUAGUCAUGCAAAUAAUCAUACGGCGUGACUUGCUCACCGUACAUAAAUGGCCCGUUGGACCGUUAUUAGCGCAAUCGGCUCACGCAGCUACAGCUGUCUUACAUAGAUACAGGGAUCAUCCUGAUGUGAGGAAGUACCUAGAUGGUGAAGAUGGGAGAGGGUGGCAAGGGAUGAGAAAGGUUGUUUUGGAGGUACAAGAUGGGAACAGCCUACAAGAAGUAACUACUAAGAUCGAUAAUCUAUCUAACCCUAUACCCUAUCAUCUAUGGGUAGAACAACCCGAAAACACACCCACCGCACUCGCUUUGAUACCUAACAAACGACCCAAACAACUGAAAAAGAUCCUGGAUGAACAUUGCAAGCUAUUUGAGUGA